CAAACGAUGGGGAAUCUUCUGCUCUGCCUUGUGCUUUAUGUGCAGGUGCUCGUCGGCACCGUUGCCGCCGCCGGAGCUCGGCCGCCGGCGAUGUACGUGUUCGGAUCCUCCAUACUGGACGUCGGCAACAACAACUACCUGCCGGGGGGGGCCGUCGGCAGGGCCAACAGGCGCUACAACGGCAUCGACUUCCCGGCCUCCAUCCCCACCGGAAGGUUCAGCAACGGCUACAACAUCGCUGACUAUGUUGCAAAGAACAUGGGGUUCGCGUGUAGCCCUCCUGCCUAUCUGUCGCUGGCACCCGACUCCUCCGGGCCUCUGGUCCACACCGCUGUCGCUUAUGGAAUCAGCUAUGCUUCCGGAGGAGCUGGAAUCCUUGACUCCACUAACACCGGAAACACAAUCCCAUUGUCGAAGCAGGUGCAGUACUUCGGUGCCACCAAGGCUAAAAUGGUCGCCGCGAUAGGCCCCUGUGCGGUGAAUGCCCGGCUCUCUAGGGCCAUCUUCGUCAUCGCCAUUGGCAACAAUGACAUGUCUGUCUCCGCGGCUGCAGAGCGGGCGCAGAAUAAGUCAGCUACUGACCGAAGGAGGGAUGUCGCCACGCUCUACGUCAACCUCGUCUCCAACUACUCUUCCGCCAUAACGCAUUUGAAAUCUUAA